CAAUAGACAAGUGAUCAUGCAGAUUUCUUAAGAGAAAAUUUUCAUUAUUCCAUUCAGAUUGUGUGUUUAUAACGAUAUUGGAGAGUGUUUGGUGGUGUUUUGGGAAAUGGGUUGGAGGUGCAAGGCUGGGUUAGCUUUGAUUGGGAUUGUUGUUCUCAUAUGGGUCACCUCUGCUGAGGUUACUCAGAGAAUCUUUAAGGAGUAUACACAACCAUUUGCAUUGACGUAUCUGGGGACCUCUCUUAUGGUCAUCUAUCUACCUAUAGCAAUUUUCAAAGAUUGGAUUUGCAGCUUGCUGGACAAAAAUUUGCUUAAGAUCCUUUACAAUGAUAGCCCUUUCUUGAGCUCUUCAAUUGGACUAAAUAUGCCACUAAGAAUCAAUGACAUGCAUUAUAUUCCAGAAGAUGACGUUAAGAAGUUCCUAAUUACUGAUGUGGACUUUAAUCAAGCUGAAGAAGGGCGGUCUUUGACAUAUAAGAAUAAGGAAAAUGAGACACAAAUGCUUACAGAGAGUUCUGAGCUGAGUUCGUGGGACAUUGCCAAAUGUAGUUGUUAA